GGAGGGGGGCCGCCAAGUUUGGGGCGGGCGGUGCAGGCUCCUCCCUCGGCUCCGGGAGAAGGGAAGGGCCGCCGGGGCGGGAAGACGACCGCGAGGCCGGCCCGGAAGGUUGGGAGCGCCCUGCGCGCCCCGGCCCCCGGGGGGCUCGCCGGAGCGGCGCGGGGUGCGCGGGGGCCCGCCCGCCCCAGGGCCCCGAUGGCCCGCGGCGCGGCGGCCUGCGCGGGCGAAGCGCGGCUGCGGCUGGGCCGGGACGCGGUGGGGCCGCUGCCCGCGCUGCUCGUCCCGGCCGUGCUGCUGGGCGCCGCGCUGGGCCUGGGCCUGGGGCUCUGGCUGGGCUGCCGCGCCCGCCGCCCGCGCGCCCACCAGAAGGACGACGUGCAGCGUCUGCUCAGGGACUUAGAGCCCAACGUGCAGAGCCCGUCGGAAGCGAGCACCCCAGCCAGGAGACGCAGGAGAGAGGCGCCCUCGCCCAGGACCGACGGGGCUCUGGAGCGCGAGCCGUCUUUCAACAGCAACAUCACCGAGUUUGCACUGAAGGCCCGAGUGGUCUACCCCAUCAACCAGAAGUUCCGGCCCCUGGCCGACGGCUCCUCCAAGCCCUCCCUGCACCAGCACCUGAAGCAGGCUGCGUUACCGCACCAGCCGCUGGAGGCCUCCCCGGCCAGCAGCCUGGGCAGCCUGAGCCAGGCCGAGAAGGAGGACGGCAGUUCCUCGUCUCUGCACUCGGCCGCCAGCGAGGACCGGGCCCUCAGCCGCGCCCUGCUCCGCGUGAGCAGCUUCCCCGAGGUGCUGGCCAGCGAGAGCGCGGACACCGACCUGUGCGUGCACAGCCUCCACCUACAGGACCUGCUACGCGUGGACGCGGCGCUGAGGCGGGAGAGGCACGCGAUGUUUAUCCAGGUUUUAAAAACGUGCCUCGUAGACCUCCUUCCUAAAAAGAAGUUUGACGAUGAACUGUGCCAGACAAUUCUUUCAAAGCAAGAGCGCGAUUUGGAGGAACUAGAAAAGGGACUUCAGGUCAAGCUGUCAAACACGGGAAUGUCGGGUGCUGGGGACUCAGUCUACAUCACCCUGGCAGACGUGGAGAAGAAGGAGCGGGAGUACUCUGAACAGCUCCUGGACAACAUGGAAGCUUUCUGGAAGCAGAUGGAAGGCAUCCAGCACUUGCUCGUGGACCAGUUCAAAUGCUCCAGCUCCAAAGCGCGGCUGCUCCUGGCGACGCUGACGGAAAGAAUGAUGGCGGCCGAGGGGCUGCUGCGCGAGGCGCAGGACCUGCAGGCGCUGGACGCGCUGGAGAGGACGAUGGGGCGGGCGUACAUGGCGAAAAUGAUGGAGUUCCUGAGGCUGCAGGUCCAGGAGGAGACCAAGUGCCGCCUGGCCGCCAUCUCCCGCGGCCUGGAGCUGCUCACCGCCCAGGGGAAGCUGUCGGGGCGGCAGAAGGAGGAGCUGCUGACUCAGCAGCACAAGGCCUUCUGGGAGGAGGCGGAGCACUUCGGCCGGGAGUUCACCCAGCGAGGCAAAGACCUGGUCCAGGCGUCCCGGGCUCACCAGGCGGAGGAGCUGGCGAGACUCACGCAGGCCCAGGAGGAGGAGCGGGGGGCCUUCCUGGCCAGUGCCCGGCCGAGCUCAGACCCAAAGGCGUUCCUCCAGGCGUUUCACGAGAUCCUGGAGAGGCAGAGGCUGAGGCAGAGCGACCUGGAGGAGGAGGAGGACGUGAGGGUCACGGAGGCCAUGACUGCUCUCUGCCAGGAGCUGUACGGCGGCGCCAUGCGGGCCUUCGGGAGGUUCGUGGACGCGCUGUUCCUGCGGGCCCUCCCGGACGCCAGCGGCCUCCCCCGGGCCGAGUGCGAGGCGCUGCGGCAGCAGGUCGGGGAGCACGCGGCCCGGCAGCUGGGGCAGUCGGACCGCUUCCGCCGCCGGCAGUGGGGCGUGCUGCGGGACCUGCUGGAGCAGGACCGGCAGGUGUGGCUGGAGGAGUGCGCGCUGUCCACCGUGCUGCAGGCCCAGCUGCAGGACCACCACGAGAGCACCAUCCACGCGGUCCUCCGGCGGCUGGGCGGCCUCUCUGAAGAGUCCACACAGAGCAUCCUGCAGAGCCACAAGCUGCUGCUGCAGGCGGCCCUCCGGAGGCUGGCUCUCCGCGGCGGGGCCCUGGCCACCCUGACGCAGAUGAGGCUGUCCGGGAAGAAGCAGCUCCUGCAGGAGCUGCGUGAACAGCUGGCGCUGGAGCAGAGCGCGUCCCAGUGCCUAGACGAGCAGCAGUGGCAGCUGCUCAAAGCCCUGGAGGCCCGCGUCCUGGAGGAGGCCACCAGGCUGGAGGAGGAGGCACAGCAGACCCGGCUGCAGCUGCAGGAGCAGCUGCUGACGGAGGCCCAGGAGGCCGGGCAGCUCCUACAGCAGCACAUGGAGCGGGCCAUCGGGCAGGCGCUGCUGGCCCACGCCCGGAACGCCGCCAGCAAGAGCCGGGCCAGGGACAGGGAGGACUUCAAGAGCACGCUGGCCGAGGCCGCGGCCGAGAGCGUCUACGUGACCAGCGCCGGCGUGGGUCGCCUCGUGCAGGCCCACGAGCAGCGGAUCCAGAGGGUCGUGCAGGACCACGAGGAGGGGGUGCUGCGGCGCCUCAAGUCCCUGCAGGGCGAGCGGCUGCACAGUUGCGAGCUGCGGAGGGAGCAGGACGCGGACCCGCCUCAGGCAGCGAGCCAUGCGCCGGGGGACACCGGCGGGGUCUCCCAGACCCUGCGGGAGAGGAUGCGGCGGCGGCAGGAGGCGCUCCUGGCCCGGUUCUCGCGGCACCAGCUCGGCCGCCUGGAGGCGCAGGGGCGCAAGGCCCGCGCGCUGGACCUUCUGGAAGCCCAGCUGGAGACGCGGCUGCAGGACGCGGAGCAGAUCUUCACCUCGGAGCUGGCGGCCCUGGCCCGCGUGCCCCUGGCCGAGCGCGGGCCGCGCCCCCGUAACCCUGCCCGCCUCUGCGUGCCCCCCCCCCCAGAGAAGCCGGUGAGGACCCCGAGGAGGAAGAGCCCGCCCCGGCCCCGGGAGACGGGGGACCCGGGGCUGCCCACCGACGGCGCCCCCGCCCCAUCCAGCAGACGGCCGGGCCAGCAAGACGGCGCCGCCCGCGAGGACGCGGGGAAGCUGCUCAAGAAGAGGAGCAACCUGUAGCUCAGGGCCGCCCGGGGGGCCCUCGCGGCGGCCUGGUC